UGCUGGUCUCUGCAGUAGGGUAUCGUUGCGAUUGGGAUCAUCGGGUGACUCGAAUAAUACCAAUGUAAAUAUUGUUACAGCAGGCUUCAGAGUUGGUGAUACAAUUUUAGCGGAUUUGGGUUAUAAAGUAUUAUUUUAUUUCGAAAAGAUCUCCUGUCAUCAUGCGGAUCAUAUUCAUCAACUAUCAGCAUGGUGAUCACAUUGUAAGAGUGAUCUGAUUUCUCCCAUAGGAGUAAUCAGAAAGAUAUGAAGAAGAACCUAAUAAGUUUUGCAAAACAAAUGAUGUCUACUACUUCACAAAGCCAUCUACAGAGGCCAGGCAGCACAGCCUCUCUUUCCUUCCCAAAGGGAUUGUUGAAUGCACCGGGGGAAAAUAACUGUUUCCUAAACAGUGCUGUGCAGGUGUUAUGGCAUCUGGAUAUUUUCCGUCGGAGCUUUCGUAACUAUGUUGGUCACGCCUGUAUGGGAAACUCGUGCAUAUUCUGUGCUCUUAAGGUUAUCUUCACCCAGUUCCAGUAUGGUGAGGAGCAAGCAUUACCCCCUGAUGCUUUGCGUCAUGCUCUUGCUGAAAACUUCAAAAACCAGCAGCGGUUUCAACUUGGCUGUAUGGAUGACGCAGCUGAAUGCUUUGAAAACAUUUUGUGUCGCAUUCAUUUCCAUGUAGCUCAUGAUAUUAGGGAAGAUCUGUGCAAUGUCAAACAUUGUGUACCUCAUAGGAAAUUUGGAAUGACCCUUCUUGAAAUUAGUAAAUGCAGAUGUGGUGCCACCUCUGAGCCAUUUCCCUUCACUCAAAUGGUUAGUUAUGUAUCCUGCAAAGCAUUAUGUUCUGAAUUUCGGAAGAGUAAGAUACAGCGAGUACCCCGAACAUUGUCAUUUGGAGAAUUGUUACACCGUGCAAAUGCAGUGGGAGAUAUACGAGCAUGUCCUAGUAACUGUGGAAAGAAAAUUCAAAUACAACGAAUAGUAACAAAUAGUCCGGAAGUUGUAAGUAUUGGUCUUGUAUGGGAUACGGAUAGACCAAGUGUAGACCAUAUCAUGGAUGUGAUCAAGUGCCUUGGAACCACAUUAUUGCUUAAAGAUAUUUUCUCUAAAGUACUGGAUGAUAAAACAAGAAUGACAAAUUUCAUCCUCGUAGGUGUGGUCACCUACUAUGGCAAGCAUUAUUCAACUUUCUUCUACAACACUCGAUUUAGGAUGUGGAUAUAUUUUGAUGAUGCUACUGUAAAAACAGUUGGACCUAACUGGCGUGAUGUCGUUGAACGUUGUCGCAAGGGUCACUACCAGCCACUCCUCCUGAUCUUUGCCGAUCCUAAUGGUCAAGCGGUCUCAAUGGACACGGCACCAAAAAACACCUUUCUUGUCAAUGGACCUCCAGACUCAGAUGGAAUUUCUGAUACUGACACUUCAGAGCAACAUGAACCAGAAGUCUUUUCAGCUGGGGUCAGCCCACUGUCAAUCAACCACAACCAUUACAAUAGUACUUGUAGCUCAACAAGUACACAGAGUUACAAGAGUUUUACUUCUUUCGAUUCCACCAAUACAGUCAUCUACAAACCCCCAGCUGAUCACACUUGUAAAACACCAUCAAUUAAUGACAGCAGACCUCCUAAACCAGCACGAUCAAGUUCAUCAGAUAUGUUCCGUGAAAUUCAACCCAUACCAGAGUUCAAACCUCAAGUAGAAUCAGUUGAUGCUGUUGGAGGUUACAAUAGAAGAACAUCAAGAACCACAGCCAGCAACCAAAAUUUUGGGGUUGUUGAAAUUGGGAAAGAUGUGAGGAAAAUUAUUUCAACAGGAGGAACAACCAAUUUCUGUGAUAGUUACAUUAAUGAAGAGAGAAAACGGCUGGACGAGUACGCUAAACAGAAGAAGGUACGAGACCAGCACCGAGAUAUAGCAGAUGAAAUGGUGCCAAUUUUAAGAACUGAAAAUCAUCAACCUUCCAACAUGCAUUUGCCUAAAUUUCCAGCUAGUCGGGAUUUAAUUGAUUUUACACAGGAAGAGAAGAUGUCUAAAAAGUUGGGUGACAGUCCGAGGACAAGUGGUGAGUAUGAUGACCAACUGAUGUGGUCGGACAAUACAAAUUCUCAAUCAGUAUCUACAGCGCCUCAAAGAACUCUAAGCACCAGUACCUUGGGUUUAAAGCCCAAAAGACAGCCAAGUUUUCAGUAUGCCAUUGGGACAAGCACAGUAAACUCUUACAGCACAUCUGCACCAAAACCAGAGCUUGCAGGAUCCGCUAGAAAUACAAAUGUAUCUGAAAUAGGAAGACCUCAACGUGCAAUGAAUAAAUCAGAGCCUGUUAGCUCACAAGCAAGCUACAGGACUGAUUAUAAUUGUGGAGUUCAACGGUCAAUCAAUGGGAGCAGGUCUCAAACUGUAAGGAAGGCUCAUACACAGGAUAAGUUCUCUUCAUAUAGAAUGCAAACACCAACGAAUCUUGAAAGUUUCACUGUUGACUCAAAUCAAUCUAGCAAUUGGACAGAGAAUCCAACAGACAUUCGAAGAUCUCUUGUGUCGUCCUUGAGCGUUCCAGAUUUGUCAGAGAAAUUGGCACAGAUGUCAAAAGAGGAUCCUAUAAAUGACAAUGGUUACAGUGGAUCCCUCAAGGGCAGUCAGUGGGAUCCUCAAUUGAAAUCACAAUUUGGAAGCCAGCCUGAUUUACAUGUGGAUAAACCGGAAUUGAAUACAAGUUACUCAAGUUCUAUGACUUAUGAAAGACCUGUGCAAGGUGUCCAGUUAAAUACUAGGCUACCUAGUAAUAAAAUGGCUAUUUACAAGCCAGCUCCAACAAUACCACAUAAUACAAAUAGAACCACAUCAGCAAGUGGAUAUAAUAUCCAAAACGGAUUUCUUACCCUACCACGUAAACGUCAGAGCUCGUGUUCACAGAAUGCUCCCAUGAAAGGGGAUCAUGUCUCAGAUAUGGUAGUCAAAGGGAACCACCCAAUAGCUCAAAGGUCGGAUUACUACGACAGAGCACAAAGAUUUAUCCAAGAGCCACAACCUGUAAGUGCUACAUUGACACCAGUAGUGCUUGAUCAGUUCCAGCAAACAAACCUAUAUUAUACAGGAAUAACACAGCCAACGAUUUCUAAGGCAGAUGCUCUAGAGGUUGGUUCUCUUGGACGUGAUUCAGGGUAUCGUAGUGGAGAUCGUAACAGCACAAGCUCCGGCAGUAUCUACUCAAUUGACAUGCUAGCUGAUUAUCUGCCGUCUAAUGGUUCUUCUAAUAGCAGAACUGAGACUCACCAACAACACUCAAGGACAACUUAUGAGAAUGUUGACAAGAGAGAGAGCAGGGAUACACACACUCCUACACAUCAGUCUUUGGGAGACUUAUUCGAUGAAGCUGACAAGUUGAUUAGAAAAUCCAGAAUAGCUGAGGAUAGUGACGAUCUUGCUUCUGCACUCUCUAUGAUAACAAAUUCAAUAUUGAACAUAAAACAGGCGUUGAAAUAUUCUGAGAUAGACUCUCAGACCAGGGUUUUACUGGAGGAUAUGUAUCAGUCAACUGUUUCACGCUCUCGGAGCCUACAUAGCCGUUUACAAAUGCUACAGCGACAGGACUCUAGUCAGUCAAGCAAUGCAGAUGAGGAUUUAAGUUCUUUGCCCUAUGAUGGUCAGCUUAGCGGUCAGUUCCAGAAGAUGAACUUGGCAAGUGUUGUACCACAUAGUACGACAUUCCAAAAUUCAACUCAAACCCAAGGCUCAGAAAGAUUCCCAACCACCGAACCACUCAACAGGUAUAGGCAGAGUAACACUGGUACCUAUGCAGCCCCUAUGUAUCCCAAAAUUCCUAAACAAUAUAUUUCAACAUCAACAAAGUUGCAAGGUAUAUAUAGUCAGCCAGCUCAAAGUAAUUACCCACAGUACAGUAGAGAUCUGCGAUCAGAGGUUACUAAAUUGAAUGAUAUUUCACAAGUAGAGGUAAAAUAUACCCAGCCUCAUAACCUCUAUCGGGCCGAGUCACACAUCAAGGGCAGAGAUAUGCCUCAGUAUGCUAGCGCAGCAACAGCCCCAUUAGAGAGGCCUCCCUCAUCUAGACUACAGAGAACCCACAGUGAGGAAUUACUUGACGGCUACACUGGACGACGACAAUCUGUAAAAGAUAAGAUCAGCAUAUUUGAAAACCAACAAGUAAAUGGAAUUCAAACGGAAAGAGGUGGUCACUAUACUGGUCAAGAUCUGUACAGACCGCCAUCAAGACCAGCAUGUGAUUACUCCCAAGAGCAGCCAACUUACAAGUCAAGUAAUCGACCUAUCAGAAGAACCCAAACAUUACCGUCCAAUGCACAAACUGUAGUAACUAUGACUACUACGUCACUGAAUGCAGUCCGGAUGUCUACACCUGGUGGAAUACUGGUAGGCGAUAAGACUGACGUAUUGUCUCAUACAUCGGAUAUUAGGGAACCAGUCGGGAGUACAACGUCAACAGAUGAAAGAUUAGCAGAGCUUGCCAAGCAAAACAUUGAUAGCUUCCAAUGCAGCCAGAGAUUUUCUCGGUUUGCGGCGUCAUAUUGUACACUAACACGGUCAAAAAACCAGUGCACAUAACCCAAAGGAUUUCAGUAGCUUUAGUACAAAUAGUGAUUUUGCUUAUAGAAAUAUUUGCUAAUUGUGCUAAUUGAAAUUAAUUUUCAAUUUUGCAGUUGUAGCUCAUGGAGUAAUAGGGCUAGUCCGGUAAUCACAAUUUAACGUGAUUGUUUUUAAAAUCAUGUAAAUCUUGUAUCAUGGCCAAGUAUGUGAGAAGGUAGUAGAGCUGGGCACACUUUAUCAAGAGUCGUCCACUGACGCUAUUCAGUGUAUGUGAUUAUUUUUAAAAUGGUAUACUGUAUCUUGUUUCAUGGCCGAUUACAUGAGAAGUAAGUAAAGAUGGGCAGACACUGUGGUAAUUCGAUUUCACAUUGACAGAAACAUGACGAGGCAAGCAUGACAGAUCAUUUUCAGAAAUAAUCCACUCAGUCUGAUGAGAGUCAUCACAUGGGAGAAACACAGAGCAGCGGUAUAUUCGUCUACUUGGCUAAAUAUACUACAGUACCCAGUGUAGUGGAGUAAAGUAUAGUAUAGGAACGACUUUUGUGGUGUUGCCAAAAUAUAUUUUCAGCAUUUUGAUUACUGUUACUACACUCUGCCAGCUGAGAUAAACUACCUUCGUCAAUUCCAGCAGAGUAUUUUCUUUGGUCUUAGGCCUGGACACGACCUUGUCACUUCUGCUAUGAUAAAUUAUCAAUGAUAACCCAUGUCACAAGCUAUAUAUAGAAUAUAGCCGUGGAGCAGUAGCUAGGGCUAGAAAAAGUGUCGGAGGUAUCACAAAUGUCCCGGAGGCAUUUUUGAGGGAAAAAAUUUUAAAAAAUAAACUGUUGGGCUAUAUAGUGUACAUUUAACAUUUGAUGCUGGAGAGAAAUUUUAUCAAACAAUUUUCAUUGUCGGAGGCACACACAUUUUUUUCCAGGCCUGGCAGUAGCAGAAAACAUCCAAGUGCUCUUCACUACUGAAGUAUAUGCAUUCCAACGAUUGGAUAAACUUGUACGUAUUCUAUGUGCUGAUGAUUAGUCUGCGGAUAUAUAAUUGCAGUAAUAUAAAGUAUUAACUCCAUUCCUGUUUAAAUGUAAAAUUGUGCUUUAAUGUUUCCUAGUGAACUAGACUUAAACCUUGAUUGACAAAUAACAGCAAUUUGCGUAAAAAUAAACAAAAUAUUUAGAUAUAUUUUAUGAUACCUUGAACAGAGUGUAAAUAUGCGUUUUCCUAAACUACUAGAUUUUGAAUCCAGAGAAUUUAGUGCAACAUGUUAUAUAUUAGACGAUAACAUUUAUGUUAUAUAUUGACUAUAAAGUUGCCUUAAGUUGGAAACUUUAUAUGGUGCAUUAAAUAUAGUUUAAAUAAGAGUUUUUAGUUUUAAGAUGAUAUUCGCACAGUAUAGUCCUGUGAGUACUUACUGUAGCUGUAUGUAUGCGUGAAAAAAAAAAGUAGAGUCAGCAAGUCCAUGAGUAGAUCACCAAGGAGGUAUUAAAUCCCAUAAUAAGAUGUUUAAUAAUAUUAUUUAAUUUAGCUUGCUAUUUUUUGUAAACAUCAAAAAUAAUAUCAGGCCUAUACCACUUAAAAAAGCAAUUAAAAAUAUGUUGAAUCUGAAAUAUUUUCUAAAUAAUAUAUUAAGACUCAUAUAAUGACUUAGAGUUAUCAUGUUAUCUUCCCUCUCAGAUAUUCUGCUCUGUGGGAGGGGGGAUGGUGGAGAUGGUGCAAAGCAAUAUCGUUCCAGUGACUAAUCAACGAGAGACAAAUCUUGGGGCUGUAUACCUAAAGCUUUGUCUACACUAUCAAAUUUUCUUUAUACUGUAUUAUAUAGUGAUGAUGUGCCUAUAUAUGGUGAUGAUGUGAUCAUGAACAUAUUUGGGCAUGUCACAUGUUUUUGUCAAAUAAAAUUUGAUAGUCUGGACAGGGCUUAAAAAGGCCAAAAAAAGAUCAAUUUACUCACAUUUUUUUAAAUUUGUAAAGUAUUUUUAUUUGCAUUUUUUCAGUGAGUUAGGGGCAGGUGAGGAAGGCAAACGAACAUUUUUUUUGGCCUUAAUGAUGAGUUAAUCUAAUAUAAUUCUCAAGUUACAUCCUAUAUACAUUGGGAUGGUUCGCCUGUUAAACAGCAGUCCUAAUAAGCCUGCAUCAGUCCUGCAAUUUAAAAAAAAAUUGAAAUAUCCAGAAUUUGCCUGUUGUUCUUAGAGAGUUUAUAACAAAAACGUAUAAAUAAAUGUUGGUUAUACCAAGGUUAUAAUGUAUAUAAUUCCUUAAUCAGAGAUAAUUUUUUUGUGAAAUUCAGGAGAGAAAAAAAGCAGAUCUGCACGGCAAAUUAUAAUUGUGCUUUUACAGUUAAAUGACUUCCUUGUUUAUUUAUUCUAUGCAGAAUAACAUAGCUUUUAGAUACACCAUGUUUUGCCUUGCACCUCUAACAUUAAUCUAAAAGGUUUCUGUUGAAUUGUGUGUGCUUAAGUUGUUUUGGAUACCAAAGACAUUGUAGAAUAUAAGUACAUUCUAAUCAUCAGUUAAAAGUUGUUUAAAACAAUAGUUUUACAUAAUUUAUUAUUAGGUUAAUAUUGUAACAUUAAUAUUCAAUGACAUGAACUAUAUGGAUGGUAAUGAAGUUGUUAUGGUGAACAAAAUCAGUUGAGAUUGAAUUAAAGGAAUACUGAUAACACCUCACAUAGGCAGG